AUGAGCACGCGCGGGUCGGCUCCGUCGCGGGACCUGGGUCUCUCGCUGCGCCCCCUGCGGGGGAUUUGACUGGGCCGCGGGCCGCGGGUGCCCCGCUCCCGUGGAACGGUGACGUCACGGCCGGCCGCCGCCAGGAACCGGAGCCUGCAAGGCCCGCGAAUGGUGAGUGCGGCGGGGUCUGGAGGUCCCGACGUCCGGGUGGAGUAGCUGUUGGACCCGGCUGGGGCGGGGCUCGGGCCGCCUCGAGCCAGCUAGGGGUCCGUGUCACGGACGUCUCCGGUGCCGCUCGGCUGGCUGGUCCCCAGCCGGUCCUCGGCGCUUGGGAAGCAUCCACUCAGAUGCUGAGUUAAGAAUCCUUUACCCUGCCCUGCGGGGGACAUACGGGUUGUCUGCCGUGGCUGCGUGUGAAGGUGGAUCAGAAAGGCUGCGGGUGAAGGUGGCUCUGAUCAGAACGAGGCUGAGGAGCAGGCACCUCUGGCCUGGGGCUGCUGGGGUCCUUUGUGUGUCCUGGAGAAGCAUGGCUGAAGAAUGCCUGGAUGAAUGAGGAGUUGGCAUCAGCAGAACUUUGAAAACAACCGAGUUUCCUUGACACUGUAUACCUUUGAAGAAGGGAGAAGGAUGUUCCCGUCUCUGCCCACCCUGACGGUCCUCAUCCCGCUGGUCUCACUGGCAGGCCUGUUCUACUCCGCCACUGUGGAGGAAGGAUUCCCUCAGGGCUGCACCAGCGCCAGCAGCCUGUGUUUCUACAGCCUGCUCUUGCCGGUCACGGUGCCAGUGUACGUGUUCUUCCACCUGUGGACCUGGAUGGGGCUGAAGCUCUUCAGACAUAAUUAAUGCAGCCGUUCUCACCCCCCACCCGACCUCUGUGAUGAGCCGCCCUUGCACAGGGCCUUCCUGGACAUUGGUUCUGUCCUCAAGGGCUGCAGAUUCUGAUGUCAGUGCUGUAGCAGAGUAACUUUCAAUAAAAUGUCUUGGGCGAGUGGAA